AUGGCUACUCAGAACCAGAUUCAAAAACAAUACCAUACCAAAGCCACCGGCCUGGCUGCCCAGACAGUCGCGCACCGCUCACAAGACAAUGAACUGAAAUUGUAUGGAAGUUGCUUUUGCCCUUUUGUACAGCGCGUCUGGGUUGGCCUGGAGAUCAAGGGCAUCCCCUAUCAAUAUAUUGAGGUUGACCCGUAUAAGAAGCCCCAGUCAUUGCUGGACGUGAACCCCAGGGGUCUUGUCCCAGCCUUGCGGCAUGGGGAUUGGGGCUCAUAUGAGAGUUCCGUAUUGCUGGAAUACUUGGAGGAUCUGAAUGUCGGCACACCGUUGCUUCCGCCCGGAGACGCCAAGCUGAGGGCGCAUUGCCGACUGUGGACGGAUUUUAUCAACCGCUACAUCGUCCCAAAUUUCUACCGUGUCCUUCAAGAGCAAGACACACAUAAGCAAAUAACCAACGCGCAGGAGCUCCGAGAUGCAUUCAACACAUUGGUCGGCGCCGCAGAUGCGCAGGGCCCGUUCUUUCUGGGCGCUCAAAUCUCGUUCGUUGAUGUCCAGGUCGCCCCUUGGAUCAUCCGCUUGCGCCGUGCCUUGAAGCCUUAUCGCGGGUGGCCAGACCCGGAGCCUGGCAGUCGCUGGGGAGCCUGGGUCGACGCUAUUGAGAACAAUGAGCACAUCCAGGCAACCACGAGCACCGAUGAGCUCUAUCUGGAUAGUUAUGAGCGAUACGCUCAAAACCGCCCCAACACGUCCCAGGUUGCCAAUGCGAUCAACUCCGGAAGGGGUCUUCCCUAG